AGCCUGUGCAGACUCCUCCUUCCCUGUUCUUUGCGAGAAAUAAGGAUAACGAGCAAGAAGUUGGUAAUGAGACGGCCGCUACUUACUAUUGCUGCUUGUGGCUGCUUGGCAGCAGAGAAAGCUUCCAAAUGAGCCUUCUGGGCUGGAGGCUUUCCACGGUAAAGAUAUAAAUUGGUUCCAGUGACUCACCUGAUGUUUGCCAAGUGGAGGUUAAUAUCGGUGGAUCCGCAUUCAAGCUCUGUCCGCAUUUAUUGGGUGCCUGUAGUGUUAUGUCUCAGCGCGGUGACUCACAUGGUUUCUUAGCAUAAGGCACCAAAAAAGAAAUAUCACCAUCACCAUCUACAUAGGACGGCAGCCCCUUUUGGAGAGAGGGGGGCGUCGGAGGGCUUUGGGGAGCGCGGAGCCGAGCCCUCCGGCUCAUAGCACUGAGUGCCGUCUAGUCCCCCACCCUGAGGACACUGGAAGCGGGGGGAGCCACGGAGGUACCUGUUCCGUAACCAGCCUUGAAUCGAGGGGCGGAAGCGGAGGGGGAGCUUGUGGACUGCAGGACUUGAGACUUUGAGGCACGUCUCAGCCAUCAAGUUAAAGUAGCAUCUACUGGACUUUAGUAAAUAUUGCUCCUAAUCUCAGGGGUUUAAGGCUGGAUGGCCUUUUGCAUUCUCUUCAAGCAGGGGGAGGGGUCUGCCCUGCCUGUAUCUACCUCAUUUAAUUUCCACCGAUCCCACACAGUAUUUGUCCAUCUGAAAGGGUGGGUGUCUUUCCCCCCCUCUUUUCCUACUCUCUCCCCCUCUCCCACCUCUGUUUCUCCUUUCCCCACAAGCUUAAACCAAUUACGCCGCUUUGCAAAUAAAGUGCCGCCCCGGGGGGAGUUACAGGCGAGGGGAACUGCCUUGUUUGCAGGUGCAUCUCCGGCUUUGUAGGUGCGAACGCCUUUGUGCGACGGACAAAUGGGGAGAGGAGGAGGAGGAGGUGGGUACUUCUGCGACGUAAGAUCCACAUCAGCUCAACUCCACUCACAUCCCAGCCGGCACUUCCUCACUUUCUCAACUGUCUCGCCCCACACCGCUCCCUGCCUCGUUUUUGGCUGGUUAUAGAGAAUUCAGCACCCCCCGCCCCUCCCGAAAGCUGGCUUCCUGCUAGGUCGGGCUUUCGGGCUUUUUUCCUGCUGCCCGUCGCUCGCUUGCAGGAGGGCUGGAUGGUUACACCGGGCAGGUUAGCUCCAUAAUGUUAGGGACUGUGAAAAUGGAAGGGCAUGAAACCAGCGACUGGAACAGCUACUACGCUGACACUCAGGAGGCCUAUUCCUCGGUGCCCGUAAGCAACAUGAACUCGGGGCUCGGCUCCAUGAACACCAUGAACACCUACAUGACCAUGAACACCAUGACGACGAGCGGCAACAUGACCUCCAACUCCUUCAACAUGUCCUACGCCAACACGGGGCUGGGGGCCGGGCUGAGCCCUGGAGCCGUGCCCGGCAUGUCGGCGGGCUCGGCGGGGCCAGUGAACGGCAUGCCAGCCGGUGUGGCCGCCAUGGGCACGGCGCUGAGCCCCGGUGGCAUCAACGCGAUGUCUGCCCAGCCGGCCCCCAUGAACGGGCUGAGCCCCUAUGGCGGCAUGAACCCCUGCAUGAGCCCAAUGGCCUACACCCAGUCCAACCUCGGUAGGACGCGAGACGCCAAGACGUUCAAACGGAGCUACCCCCACGCCAAGCCGCCCUACUCCUACAUCUCCCUCAUCACCAUGGCCAUCCAGCAGGCGCCCAGCAAGAUGCUAACGCUGAGCGAGAUCUACCAGUGGAUCAUGGACCUUUUCCCCUACUACCGGCAGAACCAGCAGCGCUGGCAGAACAGCAUCCGCCACUCGCUCUCCUUCAACGACUGCUUUGUCAAGGUGGCCCGGUCGCCCGACAAGCCCGGCAAGGGCUCCUACUGGACCCUGCAUCCCGACUCCGGCAACAUGUUCGAAAACGGCUGCUACCUCCGCCGGCAAAAGCGCUUCAAAUGCGAGAAGCCGGCGAACAGCAAAGCCCCUCAGGAGGGCAGGAAAGAUCAGGCUGGGGCCUCCAGUUCCAGCUCCAACUCUCCCCUGCACAGAGGCCACAAUAAACCCGCGCAGCUGGACACGGCCACAUCCCUCUCCAGCUCCAACCCAUCCGCCAGCCCCCAGUCUAUGGACCACAAUGGAUCGAGCACCGAGCUAAAGACCUCGGCCUCGGCCCCCUCCUCCACGAUCACCUCCGUCCCCGCCUUGGCCUCUGUCCCGCACCCCCCUCACUCCUUAGCCCACGAACCCCAGCUCCACCUCAAGGGCGAUCCCCACUACUCCUUCAAUCAUCCUUUUUCCAUCAAUAACCUCAUGUCCUCCUCGGAGCAACAGCACAAGCUGGACUUCAAAGCCUAUGAGCAGGCGCUGCAAUAUUCCUCCUACGGGGCCAGCAUACCCGGCGGGCUGCCUCUGGGCAGCACCUCCAUGGCAGGCCGGAGCAGCAUCGAGCCCUCGGCCCUAGAGCCCUCCUACUACCAAGGUGUGUAUUCCAGACCCGUGCUAAACACCUCCUAGCUCUGCACCCCCCGCCGCAGGGGGCAAACCCUUUCUCCCUCUACCCCCGACUCCCCUUUCCUGGCUUCUCUCUCCCCUUUUCCUGCGAUAAACCGAGGUGUUUCCGCACGCUACGUGGAAAGGACUGUUACUUUUCAUUUGUCUCGCAAAGCGUUGUGUGUUGUUACGAUCCACCACGACCUCCUGCAAAGCCGGCCGCGUCCCGCUUGUACAUAUCCCCUCCCGGCCCCUCAGCCCAGGCCCUCUCCCCGGAGAUCCCCCUUAGCCUCUGCAGGGUGUUACUUAAAAAGAAGAAAAAUUUGUUGAGCUUGUAAACUACUUGUUUGUGCUUUCCGCCCCUUCGUCUCCCCGCCUUCUGUGCUCUAUAAUCUCAUGUAAGUUUACAGGUAUGUGGCAAUACUUUAACAAUACGGAGAUGAAGAAGCGAGUAGACAUUUAAGACUUUUUUUAAUUAAAAACGCUUUGAAGGACAAUACUGCUGUGAAGUAGCAAAACACUAAGAGAAUCUCUAAGCAACAAGAGGACUAUUUACUUUCUCGGAUCAUCCUUUUGAUACUUGCAAAAUAAACCUUCGGCUAGUACAACCCGCAUAUACCCAGAUGCUGCGGGCCGGAUCCUGCACUCCCGCGGGGACCAGCUAGAGCUUUGGAGUGCAAGAUGCGACCCUUAUUUUUUUUUUUCCAAGUGUUACCUGUCUUGGGAUGUAAUAUAAAGUUACAAGAGGUCACAGCCAGUCGGAUUAUUUU